UGGCUGCAACACAUCUUGACGGAUUGUCGAGUUCACGCUGUUUACCUGGACUCCAAACUCGUCAGUUAAUAGUCCGCCGAUUAAUAUCUUCAUAAACAAUGGAUGACUCCCCAUUGCAAAAAGUAGAGCUGCAAACAGAUGUCUACAUGGUAUGUUUGCAGCAUGCUUUAUCUACAGAGAACUUUGAAGUAAUGGGCUUACUUAUCGGUAAUUUUGAGUGUGGAGUAGCAAAAAUAUCAGCUGUUAUUAUUUUGCGACGUCUAGAUAAGAAGAAAGACAGAGUAGAGAUAUCGUCAGAACAAUUACUGAAAGCUGCUGCUGAAGCUGAACGAUUAACUGUAGAAUUAAAUCGACCCAUGCGUGUCCUUGGCUGGUAUCAUUCGCAUCCACAUAUUACAGUUUGUCCAUCACACGUUGAUGUCAGAACUCAAGCUACUUAUCAAACAAUGGAUCACAGUUUUGUAGGCUUAAUAUUCUCAGUAUUUUCAGAGGGCAAAGAAUCAAAAGAACACGAAAUCUUCUUAAAUUGUUUUCAAUCGGAUAAUGGUGAAGCUACAGAGAUACCAUUAGAAAUAAUACAUACUCCAGAUAUUUCAGACAGAUGUUUAAAAACAAUGACAGACUUGUCAAAAAUUUUGGUACAAGAAGAAGAAGAUAUGGCUGAAGCCUGUAAAGAUCAUCCAGAUGUCCUCGCCAGUAUCCAUAAUGAUGCUGUUAGGACACGUGCGUUGGUUCAUAUAACAGAUAUCAUUACAAAGCCUUUGGUACAAACGUUUGAAAAAAGAAUAGCGUUAAAUAAAUUGCGAACUAUACAUCUCCGAAGACAAUUACAAGAAUUACAAAAAAUGUGUAAUGGUUAA